AAUAAUAAUUAUAAAUAAUGCCUCCUAAAGAUCCUGAAUUAAUUGCUCUUAGAAAAGAACUGGAAGAUUUAAUUGCUAAAUGUCAGCAAGACCAAAAAAGCAAACAAGACAAGACCAUUGAAGAAAUAUCUAAUGAAAUGGCUGACGUUCCAAGAUGUAAAUUGGUUACCAAAAAACUGCUCAAAGGACACAUUAAUAAAGUAAAUUCUGUCCACUAUAGCGGUGACAAUAGACACGCAGUUUCCGGUUCAUUGGACGGCAAACUGAUCAUAUGGGACACGUGGACUGGUAAUAAAGUACAAGUCAUACCAUUGCGCUCAGCCUGGGUCAUGUCUGUGGCCUUUGCACCAACCGGAAAUUAUGUGGCCUGCGGUGGAAUGGAUAAUAUGUGUACAGUUUACGACUUAAACAACCGCGAUUCCAACGGAGCAGCGAAAAUGGUUCGUGAACUUUUGGGCUACGAAGGCUUCUUGUCUUCAUGUCGAUUUGUCGAUGAUAAAACGUUAAUCACUGGAUCGGGAGACAUGAAAAUUUGCAUGUGGGACUUGGAAGCCGGUAAAAAAACAAAUGAAGUAGAAAGCGCUCAUUGCGGAGAUGUCGUCUCAUUGUCUCUGGCACCAGACCAAAGUACAUUCGUGACAGGCAGUGUCGACAAAACAUGUAAAAUAUGGGAUCUCAGGGAAUUAAAAAGCAAACAAAUGUUUUUCGGACACGAGGCCGACGUUAAUUCCGUUUGCUUCCACAACAGUGGCUAUGGAUUUGCAACAGCUUCGGAAGACAAAUCUGCUCGUCUGUACGACAUUAGAUCUGAUCAGCAAAUCGCCAUGUACAAGCCACCGAAUACCACUUCGGGUUUCACAUCAUGCGGCUUAUCAUCAUCCGGUAGAUUUCUGUUGGCCGGUAGCGACGACAAUUCAGUGCAUGUUUGGGACACAAUGAAAGUUCAGCACAAUGGUACUUUGAACGGACACGAGAACAGGGUGACUUCAUUGAGUGUAUCGCCAAGUGGAAUGUCCGUGGUCACCAGUUCUUGGGACAUGAACGUACGCGUUUGGGUUUAAAAUGUGAAAUCUUUACAAUAUUUUAGUGAAAUUACAUGAUUACCUAAUACAUCUAUUAUAAUCACUAACUCGAAUAGACGCAGUCAUUAAUACAUAGGCACUAUGCAUGGUUGUGCCUAUUUUUAUUCGUUUACAAUAUAAUUCAAAUCCAAUAUUAAAUGAUACCAGGUAAAAUAUCGCCAAACUAAUAGUAUGCUUCAAUGGCAAUGGCCAUAUAUUUCAUCAUUAUUUGUCACGCUUUCCAUCAUCACCUCCUACUCUAUGAUUAUUGUGGUUGCAAAAAAAAAAUAAUAGUUCGUUCUACCACUGUUAUUUUUAUUAAUCAUCAGUUUAGUGUAUAAUUAAAGUCUUGCUGCUACACAGUGUUCUUUACAUUUUUACAAGUGAUUUGCUGUAACAAUAUUAUGAUUUUAAGUAACGUUAGUUUUCGUUUAUUUAUAUUCAUUUUCGUCCGUGUAAUUCUGUU